UUCUCUACGGCCUGGUGUAUAUCGGCAUGCAUGUCAUCCAAGAGAUUUGUCGGAAUCUGUCGUUAAUCUUAAUCAUGUUUUACAGUGGACAUCAAAUUGACAUGAUAUGUUUUCAGAAUGUAAAAUAGUCAUUGUGAAAUGUUUUUUGUUUUUGUUUUUUUCACAGAUGACCACAGUUGGAGACGAUGCCCUGCUUGAUGGGGGCUCGAAGCCUGUCCUUUCAAACACCGAAGGGGAUGAUGAUGCUACUCGUCCGAUAAUCACUAAACAGAUGACCACAGUUGGAGACGAUGCCCUGCUAGAUGGGGGCUCGAAGCCUGUCCUUUCAAACACCGAAGGGGAUGAUGAUGCUACUCGUCCGAUAAUCACUAAACAGAUCCCAAAUGAAAAUGAGAUUUUCGUCCCAAGACUGAGACGAACUAAAAGCAUCAUAAUGAAAGACACCGUUCUUGACGAUUCUGUUCAACUAUAUGAUUCCACAUCAGAGAGUUCAGAUGAGUACAUUCCAGAUUCCAGCUGCGACAGUGAAGAUAGUGAUGUUACCCUCAAACUAAACAAAAGAAAAAAAUAUCAAUCUCUUGAUGACUUGCUGAAUGACUCUGACUCAAUGAGUACUCCUGUCUGUGAAACCGCAACGUCGGACAACAUGACCUUUGACAGCCAAAGCCUUACUUCUGAAGCCACUGGAGCAGAAGAUGAACCCUGUUCAAGUCUGAACAAAAAUGACAGUAUAGUUGUUGGUGAAUGCCAAAAGAGAAGUGGAAGCAGAGUGUACGACAAGAGACAUUACUGUUUGUAUUGCUCUAAGUCUUAUGCUAAGAUGGCAAGGCAUCUAGAAAGUGCACAUGGAAAGGAAUCUGAUGUGGCUAAAUCUUUUAGCUUUCCAAAGGGUUCAAAGGAGAGAAAAAUGCAGCUAGAUUAUAUUCGCAACAGGGGAAACUAUGCUCACAAUGCUGCAGUUAUGGAGUCAGGAAAGGGGGAACUAGUGCCAUUUAAACGACCACCUGAAAAAGCGCAGGGAAAUGACUUCAUGCACUGUGCAUACUGCCAAGGACUUUUUUCAAGAAAAGUCUUGUGGCGGCACAUGAAGAAUUGCAGAUUUAAAUCUGGAUCAGUCACCUCUAAACCAGGAAAAAACCGUGUUCAGUCCAUCUGUACAUACACGGGGCCUGUGCCUUCACUUGUCACUGAAAAACUAUGGGGAGUAAUCAGUGCCAUGAAUCCUGGCCCAAUCACAGAUCAAAUAAAAAACGACCAAGUCAUUAUUGAUGUGGGGCAACACUUGUUAAACAAAGGAGGGACAUCAGAUAAGAAUCAACAGUGUGUUCGGGAGAAGAUGCGAGAAAUGGGAAGGCUGAUCUACAAUGCCAGGAAAGUCACCAACCUAAAAAAAAUGGAAGAUCUGAUAAAUCCUAAAAAUUACAUGGAGACGAUCAAAGCUGUCAAGAAGACAUGUGGUUAUGACAGUGAAACAAACAUGUUUUUGAUUCCAUCACUAGCAACCAAACUUGGGAAUGCUCUUGUUAAAGUAAGCAAACUCUUAAAGGCUCAGGGUUUAAUCUCAAACGACAAAGAGCUUGCAAAAAAUGCUAGCGAGUUUCUAGAUGUCCAUGGUGAAAAGUGGAAUGAGCUGAUAUCAGCAACAGCAUUGAGGAACAUGCGGGAAGCAAAGUGGAAUGUGCCCACUCUCAUGCCCUUUACUGAGGACGUCCAGAAAAUGCACACCUACCUCAGUCGAGUCCAAGAGGGUUGUUUCAAUUCACUGUCUGAACAUCCUUGUACAAAAGCCUGGAUGGAGCUGGCUAAGGUGUGUCUGACCCAGAUCAUUUUAUUCAACCGUCGCAGGGAGGGAGAGGUGGCAAGCAUGCCCUUAACUGCGUUUACAUCACGAGACACCUCUGACCCGCAUGAUGAUGUAGACUGGGCACUGUCUGAAGUGGAGAAGAAACUGUGCAGACACUUUUCACGGAUUAUAAUCAGGGGAAAACGUGGUCGCCCGGUUCCUAUACUCCUGACUCCCAAAAUGCUCACUUCACUAGAACUGCUUGUUGGGCAGAGGGAGGCUUGUGGCGUUCUAAAAGAAAAUUGUUACCUCUUCGCAAGACCAGAAUGUAUGACACAUUUUCGGGGUUCAGACUGCCUCCGUGGCUUUGCAAAAAUCUGUGGUGCUAAGUGUCCAAAGUCAUUGACGUCGACAAGACUCCGAAAGCAUGCCGCAACUCUUUCAACUGUGCUGAACAUGACAAACACAGAAAUGGACCAGUUGGCCAACUUUCUGGGGCAUGAUAUAAGAAUACACCGGGAAUACUACAGACUACCUGAGAAGACCCUGCAACUCGCUAAGAUUAGCAAACUCUUAAUGGCACUUGAGCAAGGAAGAUUAGCAGAAUUUCAUGGCAAGAACUUGGAUGAAAUUGGGAUAGGUCCAGAUGAAAAGGUUUUUGAAAGUGAAGAUGAAAGCACACAGGAGGCACACUGUUCAUCUACUGUUGAUGGUAUGUAAUGUCAAUUGUAAGUGUCAUUUGGGGACAUAUGGAAUAACUAUUUAGGAAUUUAAAGCUAAAAUUAUGCAAAGAA